AUGGAAAAGUGUUGGAGGUUUUUCAUUUUUGUUCUCGUAGUGAUCUUAUCCUUCGUCAUCACAACCGAGUCAUCAGUUCCACAACCGCGUGCGCCUAACUUCCAGUAUUUUGAAAGGCCAAAAUACCGGUAUCCGUACUACGAUGAAAAUGGCAAAGGAAAAUUAUUAUACGGAUAUGGAGGACCCGAAUUGUAUCAGUACAAAUCUUAUUCGCCUCUUGAGGGCAUCCAU